UUAAACAUAAAACACACACAAAAAAAUAAAAGUAUUAUAUUUCUACAAAAUAUGAGUUCAAUUCUGAGUCUAUCGUCGGUGAUAACAAUAUGUGUUAUGGUCACAUUGUUUUCUUGUGCAUGUGGAGUUACCGACAUUCCUCGUCCACCUCGUCAACCCGAAAUGGGAAUCGAAGUAGUUGUGAUACGAAACAUAUUGGAUGGAAAAGAACAACUUAGUGUUCAUUGCAAAUCGAAAGAUGAUGAUCUCGGUGUUCAACUUUUGACUUACAAUAGCACUUUUACCUUCAAGUUUACUCGUAAUUUUUGGGGUACAACACUCUUCUUUUGUGGAUUUCAAUGGAAGGAUCAGUUCCACCGGUUUGAUAUUUACACGCCGGAUGGCCCUAGAUGCACUCCGGAGCCUUGCUUGUGGUAUAUCAUUCCCUCUGGACCGUGCAAAUUAGAAGCGAAAACUUAUUCUUAUAGGUGCUAUGAAUGGGGUCCUAGCUCUUUAGGUUCCCAGUUUGAGUUUUUCCCAUCUGAGACAACGACUAGUACUUUUAUUCAUGGCUGAAAAAGAUCGUUUAAUUAAUUACUACUACUAUUAUUUUGGUAUGAUUAUUAAGUGUUUUUUCGUUACAAUUUUUAUUUAUUAUAUAUAUUUUUAUUAUUUGAUUUUUGGAAGACUUGUUAGUAAUGUGAUCAUGUUUAUGUAGCCAAGUGCUUUUAGUUAAAUAAAAAAGUGUGUU